AUGGCUGACCGGGAGCGUAUGCAUGAGCUCAUCCGAGACUCUCCGCCUUGGUACAAAGUACCCAGUCUGAUCAAGCUCUACCUUCUUCUCAUUGCGCCCCUCCUCACUUCAGCGGCGGUGGGAUUCGACAACAGCUUGACCAAUGGACUCCAAUCCAUUGAUGCUUUUAUGGAUGAGUUUGGCCAUCCCACUGGCUCGAGACUUGGCUUCUUCGGUGCCUCUGUGUCCGUUGGUGGUAUCGUGGGCUGCCUUAUAUGCGGCCCGUUGGUCGAGUACUUUGGUAGACGACCACUGUGCUCCGCCGGCGCCGUUAUGGUUGUGGGCAUUGCUAUUAUGCAGACCUGGGCCACCAACUUUGAGAUGUUUGUCGGCGGCAAGGUGCUCAUCGGACUGGGCGUUGUCCUUCAACAAGCAGCAGCGCCAGUUCUUGUAUCUGAGCUCGCGCAUCCCAAGCAACGAGUCUCAAUUACCGCAUUCUACAACACAAACAUCUUUAUCGGUCUAAUCAUCGGAGGCUGGGCUACGUUUGGCACUUAUCCGAUAGAGUCGAAUUGGUCUUGGAGGCUUCCUUGCAUUCUUCAGGCCAUCAUUCCCACUUACCAGGCUAUCAUGGUUUGGUUCUGCCCUGAAAGUCCCAGAUGGCUCAUCUCCAAGGGUCGUGUCGAGGAAGCCCGCAAGAUUCUCAUCAAGUGGCACGGAGACGGUGUUGAGACCGAGCUCGUUCGCCUGGAGUUACAGGAGAUUAUCGCUGGCAUUGAGGCGGAUCAGACGCAGAUCAAGCUCAACUGGGAUGGCCUCAAGAGCGUUGUCGGUACCAAAGGAAACCGUCAUCGUCUUUGGAUUUGUAUGUGGACAGCCAUCGGUUCACAGUCGAUCGGAGGUGGUUAUACUGCCAACUACCUCCCUCUUAUUCUCGAUCAAAUCGGUAUGAGGACCCAGUCUCAGAAGACUCUGAUCAACGCCCUCCUCAACGUUUGGAACUGGAUCGUUGCCUUUAUCGCGGCUAUGAUCAUCCCCAAGGUCGGACGACGAACCAUUUUUCUUAUCUCGGCCCUUGGAACCAACGUCACCUUUAUCAUCUGGACUGCUUUGUCCGCCGAGUAUGACAAGAACCCGAAGCUCGGCUUUGGUAUUGGAGUUCUCGUCAUGAUAUUCUCUGGAAGCUUCUUCGCCUGCCUAUGCUGGAUUCCGCUGGUCAUCGCCUAUCCCAUUGAAGCUGUCACCACCAAGCAGCGCAGUAUCUACUUUUCCAUCACCUUGCUCACAAUCAACCUUACUGCCUUCAUCAACAGUUAUCUUAGCCCCAUCGGUAUCGGCGCGAUUGGGUGGCGAUAUUACCUCCCAUGCGUCUUUUGGAACCUGAUCCUUUUGCUCAUCAUCUAUUUCACCUUUGUGGAGACUACUGGCAUGACUCUGGAGGAAAUUGCCACUGUUUUCGAUGGUUAUGAGGCUUUUGAGAAUGCUGCUGCUGCCGUUGGGGAGGAUCUGAACAUGAAGAAUGGCGAGGUUGUUGAACUUGCCCCGACUGCGUCUCAUAAGGACAAGGUUUGA